AUGGAUAUGGAUAUGAUGCCCCACCGGUCCAAGAAUCAGAGCUCCAGGAUCAAACAUAUGCACCGUGGAGGAAGAGGCGGAUCGGCCGCUCAUGAUACUCAGCUGAUAAUCAAGCUCCCGGAAUGGCGAGUCUGGAGGGUGAUCGCCCGGUCAGUGUUUCUCAUGACCGCGAUUUUAGCGUUCCCAUGGGCUGGAUCAAUGGUUAGAUCUUCUGAGCCCCAUUAUCAUGCCGUUCAAUCGGAAACGCUCGAUGAUGCGGUCUACUUACAGAUGCUUUUUCGAGAUCUAUCCGAAGCGGGCCUGCUUAGAUCCGGACACCGAGUCCUUUUCAUUGGCGAGGCGUGCCAGCAUUGCGAGCAGAUCUUGAAAGAGAAGAUAGAUCUGGUCUCCCUGCUCGAUGUUGAGCUCCGGCAAUCUGUCCUCAAUGAAACCUACGACUUUGCGUUCGCGGACGGCUUCUCCGCCGCAGAAUUCAUGGGCCGCGCACUCAAGAUAGGCGGUAUCAUGGCCGUCCGCAUGAGUGGGGACCCUUUGGCCACUUUCUCCGUACCCUUGAACUUCAAGAUCGUCUACAUCCGUCAGUUUGAUGUGACCAUGAUCGCAAUGGAGAAAACUGGCCCGGCCGUGGACCCGACAUUGCGGUCCCCGAUCAACAGGCGGCUGUGCGCAGUCGCAUCAGAUGCCAAGAAGGCCUCGCUGAUGAGCGGCCUUGAAGAGGUGCCAUUAGAGCCGCUGCAGGUGAAUUCAGCAGAAUCCAGCCUCUACCUUGAGCAAACCAAGUAUCUUCCGGAUCUGACGGGUGAUCCGCUCGACCUCUACCCGCGCCGGGUUUUCAUCGAUGCGGGGCCUACGGGUGGAGUCGGCAGCGGCAGCUGGUUCAAGCAUCAUUACCCGACAAGGGACCAGGAAUUCGAGAUAUACGAAGUAGAGCCAGCGGAGGAAGGCGGCCCGCUGGCGGCCCCGAUCGGAGUAUCCAAUUGGCUGAUUAUGAAUGUGAGGGAAGAAGAGUAUGUGGUGAUGAAAGCAGAGGCAGAUGUGGUGGAAGAGAUGGCCAAGAGCAAGGCCAUUUGCCUCGUUGAUGAGCUCUUCUUGGAAUGCAACCAUCAGGGGCAAAAUGGGAAGGGGGGAAAAAGGAGCCGGAGGGCAUAUUGGGAAUGCUUGGCUCUCCUGGGUAAGCUGAGGGAUGAAGGCAUAGCCGUUCAUCAGUGGUGGGCCUGA